AUGGAAGACCAACUUUCCAAGAUUUCCAUAAGCGGAGUAAGUGAAAUCAAGGACCUGAGCGGAGACCUUGACGGAAGACACGUGAUUGUCCGAGGGUUUGUUCUCAAGUCCUCUUGCACAGGCAAGUAUAUCUUCAUAGUCCUGCGAGACAAUGGAUGUACAGUCCAGUGCAUGUGCGAGAGACCCAAGGAUGGGAAAGGGGAUCUGUCUAUAGAGGAGUUCAACUCUCUCAAGAAGGUGGCGCACGAGUCCUAUAUUGAAGUAAAGGGAAGGGUUGUCAAGCAGGAGACAGAAAUAUCUGGAUGUAGCAAGAAGGAUGUGGAGAUCCGCAUCCUCGGAUUUUCUGUUCUCAGCAUGGCAGACAAAAACCUUCCAUUCACCAUGAAGGAUGUUUCUGCAACGAUUGAGGAACGGGAAAAAAACCCAACACUCCAAAGCGUUGCAUACCACAUCCGACUGGACAACAGAUCCCUGGAUCUUCGAGCACCGCAGACAAGAGCCACCUUUCGGGUGAUUGAUGGGGUGAUGUUCUUCUUCAGGGACUAUCUCCGUAGAAACGGAUUUGUAGAGAUAAAGACACCGAAGCUGAUUGGAAGCUCGAGCGAAGGAGGGGCAAAUCUCUUCAGUGUGGACUACUUCAAGAAAAAGGCGUUCAUGGCUCAGAGUCCUCAGCUGUACAAGCAGAUGGCUGUUGCAGGAGGACUCAAAAGGGUGUAUGAGAUAGGGCAUGUGUAUCGUGCAGAGGAGUCCAACAUCAACAGAUAUCUAAGUGAGUUUGUUGGGCUUGACAUGGAGAUGGAGAUAUCCACAGACUAUAACGAUGUGAUCAAGUUCAUCCACUCUAUGUUUGUAAGCAUCUUCGACAAUUUGAAAAAGGAGUACAGCGAAGAGCUGGAUACAAUAAGGUCUUUCCAUCGAUUUGAAGAUGUCAAGUAUAAUCGGGAGCCUGUUGUUCUGACGCACAGGGAAUGUGUAGAUCUUCUUUUGGGCGAGGGUGUUGAGAUGGGAUAUGGAGAUGACUUCAACAGUGAAAACGAGAAGAGACUGGGAUCGAUAGUGAAGAGGAUACAUGAUGUCGACAUCUUUGUGAUAAAGGAUUAUCCGAUAUCUGCAAGACCGUUCUACACAUACAGAAAUGAGGAGAAAGGAAUAACAAGGUCGUACGACUUUAUUUUACGGGGAGAGGAGAUUUUAUCUGGAGCACAGAGAGUAAAUGUCUAUGAGGACUUGGUCAGGUAUGUUUCGGAGCAUGGGAUAUCUCCAUCUUCUCUUGGAGGAUAUUUGGAGUCGUUCAAAUAUGGGGUUCCACCCCACGGGGGAUGUGGGAUUGGACUUGAGAGGGUGAUGAAGGCAUAUUUUGGAAUGGGGGACAUAAGAUGCUUCUCGCUGUUCCCCAGGGACCCAAGCAGACUCUACCCUUAG